AUGCUGAAUGGAUGGCUACAACGAGCUGACAGUAUAAGACAAAGUCGACCUGGAUCAUUGAAGUCUUGUCGGUCAAAGAAGUUUGGUCGAGAUGAAGGGAGUGAUGGCGUGGGUAAGAAGCAUUUUUUACUAUAUUUUAGGGGCAAAAAAAGGGGGGGGGUGAGAGUGAGUGAGUGAAGGGGUACAGGUUUUUAAAGUAAGGGGGGGGUAGAGAGUAGGGAGAGAUAGAGGCUUUUAAAGCUCCCCCAAAAAAAGGAAGUGAUAAAAAUUUUUAAAGUAGGGGGGGGAGGGGAGGGGGGAGGAGGGCAGGUGAAAUGUAAAAAAUAAAAUGGGUGGGGGUAGAUGCUUUUAUAAAAGUAAAAAGUUUUAACUAAAAAAUUAAACCUCUGCCCUCUGUCCUUCUCCCUUCCGCCCCUCUCUGCCCCCCCCUCCCUCUGUCCCCCCCCUUCUCUAUCCCCCCCCCCUCUCUGUGCCCCCCCCUCUCCAUCUUCUUAAACCAAAAAGACAAGCCCUAAACAAAACCAUCAACAAUAUGAACCUUAAUAACCCCAUAAAAUUUCAGCCCAACCCUGCCCUGAACCCACCGGCAUGUGCGCCGUUGAAAUCGGAUCCGGCUUGACAUCCGGCCUAGAAAGUUUGGCCAACGAAUUGCUGGGCCAGCCCCAAACCCCAAUUCAACGUUUUUAUGGUCGUUUCCCCGAGCUGUUUCGAAAAAAGAAGCGGCCCAUCCAGAGUGUAAAGUGA